AUGGCUCGCACUGGAGCAAUAACGAGCGCUCGAGAGGAACUCAAUUCAACGAACGGUGACAUCAAGAACGAAACUGAGGUCUCUCCGCCAUCAACUUCAACAAGAAAGAAACGCAGUAAAUAUCGCCAUGUAGCUGCAUAUCACUCAGAAGCUCGUCAUUCCAGUCUCAGUCGAGAGGCUGAUGUGCUCCCCAACUUCCUGGGGUUUCGAAAUCUCAUGGUGUUGGUACUUGUGGCGAUGAACCUGCGAUUGAUUAUUGAGAACUUCAUGAAAUACGGCGUGCUAAUCUGUAUUAAAUGCCAUGACUAUCGCAGGCAAGACAUUGUUCUUGGGUCUAUAUUAUUUGCCUCGGUUCCAUGCCAUUUGCUCGUGGCAUACAUCAUUGAGCUAUCAGCCGCUACUGCAGCCAAGCACGCAGUGGGUCGUCAAAAGAAGACAGAAAAAGAAAAAGAGCACGACCAGAAGGUCUUCCAGUCGACAUGGCCAUACACUGCUUUCCUGCACACGCUUAAUGCCACGCUAUGCCUCACAGUAACCAGCUUCGUGGUGUAUUUCUAUAUUCACCACCCAGGCAUUGGCACAAUAUGCGAGUUGCACGCGAUCAUCGUGUGGUUGAAAAACUGCUCAUAUGCCUUCACAAACCGAGACCUCCGACUUGCCCUACUCAAUCCCUCCGCAGACCCGGGCCUGCCUGAAAUCUACUCCUCGUGCCCCUACCCGAGGAAUAUUACCAUCAAUAACCUGGCGUACUUCUGGCUGGCGCCCACGCUAGUGUAUCAGCCUGUUUAUCCGCGUACAGCCUCCAUCCGGUGGUCAUUUGUUGCAAAGCGCCUUGCAGAGUUCGUGGUCUUGGCAGUGUUCAUUUGGCUUCUGUCUGCGCAGUAUGCCGCACCAGUGUUGCGGAACUCGAUCGAUAAGAUCGCAGUAAUGGAUAUUGCCUCCAUUUUGGAGCGUGUUAUGAAGCUGUCCACUAUCUCGUUGAUUAUUUGGCUUGCCGGCUUCUUUGCGUUGUUCCAAGCGCUCUUGAACGCCUUGGCCGAAGUCAUGCAAUUCGGAGACCGCGAGUUCUACACCGACUGGUGGAACAGCUCCAGUCUGGGUGGUUAUUGGCGGUCGUGGAACCGGCCUGUCUACCUUUUCAUGAAGAGACAUGUCUACUCACCGUUGGUGGGUCGUGGAUGGAGUCCUCUGGCUGCGAGUGGAAUGGUUUUCACGCUCUCCGCGAUUCUUCACGAAAUGCUCGUUGGCAUUCCCACACAUAAUUUCAUUGGUGUCGCGUUCUUUGGAAUGAUGUUCCAGCUGCCAUUAAUUAGCCUCACCGAACCGUUGGAGAAGAUGCGCGGGCCUGAAGGCAGGGUCAUUGGAAACUGCAUCUUCUGGGUCAGCUUUUGUCUAGUCGGACAACCACUUGGAGCCCUUCUGUACUUCUUCGCUUGGCAGGCCAAGUACGGAAGUCCAUCACAAAGUCAUCACAUCAUUUCCCCGGAUUCCCUCAUCAUGGUCGCAUUCAUUAUUCCUAGCAACUACGGUGCCGUUAUUGGCGUCGCCCUCGGCGCCAUUCCCGUCUUGGGAUUCGUUCAUGGUUCUAUCACUGGUAGCUUCCGCAAGGAGGCAAAGGUGCCCUACCCUCACAGCUAUGCCUCCAUGGAGCUAUGCAAGGAAAACCCCAAAGCUGAGCAGUUCAACUGCGCCCAGCGCGCUCACACCAACUUCCUCGAGAAUGCCUCGCAGACAAUGCUCUUCACCCUGGUCGCCGGUCUGAAGUACCCGGAGUGGGCUGCUGGUUUGGGCGCUCUAUGGGUAUUCUUCCGCGUUCUGUUCCUCUACGGCUAUGUGUACUCGAACAAGCCGCAGGGUAAGGGCCGCAUGAUUGGCGCAUUCUUCUGGCUUGUGCAGGGUGCUCUCUGGGGAUUGAGUGUCUUCGGUGUUGGAAAGGAACUGCUUUGA